UACUCUCUCUCUCUCUCUCUCUCAAGAAAUCUCCCGCAAUUCAUCUCUAUAUGCCCAUGUAAUGAUUCUUUAGAUAUGGGUUUUGAAUCAUGAUUUUAGGGAUGUAGAAUGUUUGUAUUUGUGAUUGCCAAUAAUAUUAAUGUCUUCCAAAAAUCUUGUUUGAUGUAGAUUUUGUGAAAGUUUUAUUUUUGAAGAAGAUGUGGUUAAAAAGUCGUAAAAUGUUAUGGAUCGACAUAUAAAAUCUUUUUAUCAGGAGAGUUUGUGGAAAAAUGAAUUUUAAAGAAUAUGUACUGAACAGGGGCUUUAUGCGUUUGUGAGCUUCUUUUCGAAUAAUACUGUAUGUUUAUUAGCAUAAUUGGCUUUGAUCAAAUUUUAUGUAUAUACACAAUAAUAGAUAUGUUAGCAAAAAAUUUUCAUUUUUUAUCAUGGAGUUCUAUCUAUAUAUUUCUUUAGAUUUAUGGGUUUUGUUGAUAUGGUACAUAUUGGUUGUUGGCAUAAAAUCAUUACAAUGAUUUUACUUCCACAUUUUCUUCUGGUGUAAGCCGUUGCUUUACUUGGUUAUAAAUUGAUUAAAAGAAAAAGUUUGAGAUCCCCGUUGAAGAAAGUACAGCAAACAGAGGGCUUUCAUUUGUUAUUAGAUUAUUUUCUCAUGUUCUUUCAGUGCAAUUAAUUGCUUUGUUAGGAAACAAAUAGAUCGAAUGGAUUGAGAUAUCUGUUAAGGCAAAUACAGCAAACAAAGGGCUUUCUUUUGGCUCAUUCGUUAUUUUCGAUAUCAUAUCAGGAACGAGAAUCGAUUACAUGCUUAUGUAGACCUAAUAAUUAGCUAUUAUCGGGUGGCAAAUCGGGGGGAAGGCUGCAACUCUUCAGAAUUAGUCAAGCGAAGUUCGGACACAUGAGUCAUCAAAAAAUAAAAAAAAUAAUAAUUAGCUAUUACCAGGAGAAAGAAGGAAUCUGCAUAUUAUAUAUGCAUCUAUUUUAUUCAUUUAGAUGUAUAUAUCCACGAUUUGUAGAUGGCUCUGUGUUGGAAUAAUGUCUUCUUUUCAAACAGAAAUAUUAUAUAUUUUUAGUAUGAGUUUUUUGUUUUGUUUCUUGGUAAAUAUUUAGGCAUUCAACAUGUUCGUAAUAGAGGGAUUUCAUAAAUAUAUGUCUUGUAUGAUCAAAGUAGCAAUCUGCAAUCAUGAGUGACGAUAUCUCAAGAACUCGAGAGCAUCCUUUUAGGCCAAUUAUGUCUAUCGUGCUUGAGGACGAGUGUGAUAUGAAAGAAUUAAAGGCCGUGGAUGCCUUUCGUCAAGCACUAGUCUUGGAAGAAUUACUACCAGAAAAACACGAUGACUAUCAUAUGCUGCUAAGGUGUACUUUAUUCUUUUCUCAUAUUCUAGAUUUUGUAUCGAGGCAACACUCGACAUUUAAUGAAUACAUUAUAUUCUUGACGGUGAGGCCUGUAUUGUUUUUUGUCGAUCCUGCAGAUUUUUGAAGGCCAGGAAAUUUGAUGCUGAGAAAACAAAGCAAAUGUGGACUGAUAUGCUGCAAAUGCAAUGGAGAAAGAAAUUUGGUGCUGACACAGUAUGGAUGUGCUGAUGGCCAAAUAGUAUAGUAUAUGUUUUCGGAGCUAAAUAAUUCUAGUAAGCAUCCGAUUUGCAUUUCUUCCCUGAACACUACCCGCAAGGGCAUCAUGGAAUCGACAAGUACGGGAGACCUGUUUACAUUGAAAGACUUGGUCAAGUUGAUCCGGUGAAGCUCUUGCAAUUCACAACUACAAACCGCUAUCUCAAGUACAAUAUUUAGGAGUUCGAGAGGACUUUUAUCGAUAAAUUUCCAGCCUGUUCCAUUGCAGCCAAAAAGCACAUCGACCAGAGCACGACCAUUUUGGAUGUAGAAGGAGUGGAAUGCAUUGGUGUUCUUUAUAAUUGAAAGUAACCAGUAAUCUCAUUUCCAAAGUAAAUUAAUCAGUUAUGAAACCCUUUAAAUAA